AUGUUCCUCUCCUCCAAAAAACACAAGACCCCUGUCAGCACUUACACCGACUCUUACCGCCCGCCAUGCUCCGUCAAGAAGACCAUCCAAGAGCAGGCUCCACAGCAGCUCUGGAGAGAAAACAAGUUUGUGACGCAGGGAUUAACGAUGCCCCCCGUGCAAAAUCCGGUGAGCCAAGGUCAGCCCGAGCAGCAGAUUAAGGCAGCGAUGCAGGACUACUACAGGAACACCAUUGACCCUGCUACCUACUGGCCCGAGAAGUACUGGCUGGCCAGGUCGGAAGAGAAGUACAGCCCAGUUUUUGUCAACGAGGACAAACACAUCACCUGGAGAACAAGUCCUUACAACAGCCCAGCCUGGAAUAAGCACUCCUCUUACCUCCCCCUCCUGCCCAAGGAGACAAGGAUGGAGACCUUCCUGCACAGCAUACCCAUGCCGUACCCCCCAAAACCCACCUGCCUCAAUCAACCCGAGAGAGAGGUGAUUGCUGACAUGCCGCACAGGCUGCCUGUGUACACCGUGACGGGGAGGGGACCCUUCCAGGGCUACUACAGCCCCUGCUUUGGGCGCCACUACUGCCUGCGAGGGAUGGACUACAACGUUGAUGGGGCACCUGCCAUCAGAAAGCAUCUCCACGCACUAGGAGAGAGGGCUGUCAGGAGUAUCCCGUGCUGCAGUUACAGCCCCAGAGCAAUGUUCUGUACAUCUACACAUCGCCCCCAGCCAUCCUUCCCGUACAGGAGCCCUAGGUGGGACAUGAGCCACUUCAAGAAGACAGGAGGAGUCCAGAGAGGCAGCUACACCAUCCACCCUGAGUUUAUCUCGGAGGCUUACUCUGCCCUGUGGUGCUGGUGA